AUGGCGACACCGCGGGGGGCGCACGGCGAUGAGAGGAAAAUUAAAAAGUAUGGGAGGCUGCUGGAGCCGAGGCUGCAGGGAAUCAGAACUGUUCUAGACCCGUUUAGCCACAAGUCCAGGAGCAGGAGGUCUGAAGCUGUAGAGCUCCUGGAGGAUGGCGUACUCCUCCUGCAGGAGAAAGAGGAGAAGGAGGAGAAGGAGAAAGAGGAGAAGAAGGAGGAGGAGAAGGUAGAGAAGGAGGAGAAGGAGGAGAAGGAGAAGGUAGAGAAGGAGGAGAAGGAGGAGGAGAUAGAGAAGGAGGAGAAGGAGGAGGAGGAGAAGGUAGAGAAGGAGGAGAAGGAGGAGGAGGAGAAGGAGAAGGAGGAGAAGGAGGAGAAGGUAGAGAAGGAGGAGGUAGAGAAGGAGGAGAAGGAGGAGGAGGAGAAGGUAGAGAAGGAGGAGAAGGAGGAGGAGGAGAAGGAGAAGGAGGAGAAGGAGGAGAAGAAGGAGGAGAAGGAGAAGGUAGAGAAGGAGGAGAAGGAGGAGGAGGAGAAGGUAGAGAAGGAGGAGAAAGAGGAGAAGGAGGAGAAGGAGAAAGAGGAGAAGGAGGAGAAGGAGGAGGAGGAGAAGGUAGAGAAGGAGGAGAAGGAGAAGGUAGAGAAGGAGGAGGAGGAGAAGGAGGAGAAGAAGGAGGAGGAGAAGGUAGAGAAGGAGGAGAAGGAGGAGAAGGAGAAGGUAGAGAAGGAGGAGGAGGAGAAGGAGAAGGUAGAGAAGGAGGAGGAGGAGAAGGAGAAGGUAGAGAAGGAGGAGAAGGAGGAGGAGGAGAAGGUAGAGAAGGAGGAGAAGGAGGAGGAGGAGAAGGUAGAGAAGGAGGAGAAGGAGGAGGAGGAGAAGGAGAAGGAGGAGAAGGAGGAGAAGGUAGAGAAGGAGGAGGUAGAGAAGGAGGAGAAGGAGGAGGAGGAGAAGGAGAAGGUAGAGAAGGAGGAGAAGGAGGAGGAGGAGAAGGAGAAGGAGGAGAGGAGAGAGGAGAAGGUAGAGAAGGAGGAGGAGGAGAAGGAGAAGGAGGAGAAGGAGGAGGAGGAGAAGGUAGAGAAGGAGGAGAAAGAGGAGAAGGAGGAGAAGGAGAAAGAGGAGAAGGAGGAGAAGGAGGAGGAGGAGAAGGUAGAGAAGGAGGAGAAAGAGGAGAAGGAGGAGAAGGAGAAAGAGGAGAAGGAGGAGGAGGAGAAAGAGGAGAAGGAGGAGGAGGAGAAAGAGGAGAAGGAGGAGGAGGAGAAAGAGGAGAAGGAGAAGGUAGAGAAGGACGAGAAAGAGGAGAAGGAGGAGAAGGAGAAAGAGGAGAAGGAGGAGGAGGAGAAAGAGGAGAAGGUAGAGAAGGAGGAGAAAGAGGAGAAGGAGGAGAAGGAGAAAGAGAAGGAGGAGGAGGAGAAAGAGGAGAAGGUAGAGAAGGAGGAGAAAGAGGAGAAGGAGAAGGUAGAGAAGGAGGAGGAGGAGGUAGAGAAGGAGGAGAAAGAGGAGAAGGAGGAGGAGGAGGAGAAGGUAGAGAAGGAGGAGAAGGAGAAAGAGGAGAAGGAGGAGGAGGAGAAAGAGGAGAAGAGGGAGGAGGAGAAGGAGAAGGUAGAGAAGGAGGAGAAGGAGAAGGUAGAGAAGGAGGAGAAGGAGGAGGAGGAGAAGGAGGAGAAGGUAGAGAAGGAGAAGGAGGAGAAGGAGGAGGAGGAGAAGGAGGAGAAGGUAGAGAAGGAGGAGAAGGAGGAGGAGAAGGAGGAGAAGGAGGAGAAGGAGGAGAAGGUAGAGAAGGAGGAGAAGGAGGAGGAGAAGGAGAAGGUAGAGAAGGAGGAGAAGGAGGAGAAGGAGGAGAAGGAGGAGAAGGUAGAGAAGGAGGAGAAGGAGGAGAAGGUAGAGAAGGAGGAGAAGGAGGAGAAGGAGAAGGUAGAGAAGGAGGAGGAGGAGAAGGAGAAGGUAGAGAAGGAGGAGGAGGAGAAGGAGAAGGUAGAGAAGGAGGAGAAGGAGGAGGAGGAGAAGGUAGAGAAGGAGGAGAAGGAGGAGGAGGAGAAGGUAGAGAAGGAGGAGAAGGAGGAGGAGGAGAAGGAGAAGGAGGAGAAGGAGGAGAAGGUAGAGAAGGAGGAGGUAGAGAAGGAGGAGAAGGAGGAGGAGGAGAAGGAGAAGGUAGAGAAGGAGGAGAAGGAGGAGGAGGAGGAGAAGGAGGGAGAAGAGAAGGAGGAGAAGGAGGAGGAGGAGAAGGUAGAGAAGGAGGAGAAAGAGGAGAAGGAGGAGAAGGAGAAAGAGGAGAAGGAGGAGAAGGAGGAGGAGGAGAAGGUAGAGAAGGAGGAGAAAGAGGAGAAGGAGGAGAAGGAGAAAGAGGAGAAGGAGGAGGAGGAGAAAGAGGAGAAGGAGGAGGAGGAGAAAGAGGAGAAGGAGAAGGUAGAGAAGGACGAGAAAGAGGAGAAGGAGGAGAAGGAGAAAGAGGAGAAGGAGGAGAAAGAGGAGAAGGUAGAGAAGGAGGAGAAAGAGGAGAAGGAGAAGGUAGAGAAGGAGGAGGAGGAGGUAGAGAAGGAGGAGAAAGAGGAGAAGGAGGAGGAGGAGGAGAAGGUAGAGAAGGAGGAGAAGGAGAAAGAGGAGAAGGAGGAGGAGGAGAAAGAGGAGAAGAGGGAGGAGGAGAAGGAGAAGGUAGAGAAGGAGGAGAAGGAGAAGGUAGAGAAGGAGGAGAAGGAGGAGGAGGAGAAGGAGGAGAAGGUAGAGAAGGAGAAGGAGGAGAAGGAGGAGGAGGAGAAGGAGGAGAAGGUAGAGAAGGAGGAGAAGGAGGAGGAGAAGGAGGAGAAGGAGGAGAAGGAGGAGAAGGUAGAGAAGGAGGAGAAGGAGGAGGAGAAGGAGAAGGUAGAGAAGGAGGAGAAGGAGGAGAAGGAGGAGAAGGAGGAGAAGGUAGAGAGAAGGAGGAGAAGGAGGAGAGGAGGAGAAGGUAGAGAAGGAGGAGAAGGAGGAGGAGGAGAAGGAGAAGGUAGAGAAGGAGGAGAAGGAGGAGAAGGAGGAGGAAGAGAAGGAGAAGGUAGAGAAGGAGGAGAAGGAGAGAAGGAGGAGAAGGAGGAGGAAGAGAAGGAGAAGGUAGAGAAGGAGGAGAAGGAGGAGAAGGAGGAGAAGGAGGAGGAAGAGAAGGAGAAGGUAGAGAAGGAGGAGAAGGAGGAGAAGGAGGAGAAGGAGGAGGAAGAGAAGAACACAGAUCCACAGUAA